AUGGAUGCAUUCAGAGCAUUUGAAAAUGGGUCUGCUCCUGCCAGAUGGGAUCCCUUCCGUCGUCCCUUGGACUCCAUCCAGCCCUGGCAAUUCAGGCUUCUAGCAGCAGUAAUGUUGUUGGUGACCUCCCUGUCACUUGCUGAGAACCUGGCUGUAAUCCUGGUAACUUUUAAGUUCAAGCAAUUGAGACAACCUGUCAAUUAUAUUAUAGUCAAUUUGUCUGUGGCUGAUUUCCUGGUCUCACUGACUGGUGGUACCAUCAGCUUUUUAACAAAUCUAAAAGGUUAUUUUUUUAUGGGAUACUGGGCUUGCGUAUUGGAAGGAUUUGCUGUCACAUUUUUUGGCAUUGUAGCUCUCUGGUCCCUUGCUCUGCUGGCUUUUGAGCGGUACGUUGUGAUCUGCCGCCCGCUGAGAAACUCACGCUUGAGGGGGAAGCAUGCAGCCCUAGGUAUUGCCUUUGUGUGGAGUUUUUCCUUCAUUUGGACCAUUCCACCAACAAGUGGUUGGAGCAGUUACACCCCCAGUAAGAUUGGAACUACUUGUGAGCCUAACUGGUACUCAGGAGCUGAUGCUGACCGUACAUACAUUAUUACCUUCUUCACCACCUGCUUUGUAGUACCCUUAUUGGUGAUUUUGGUAUCCUAUGGAAAACUGGUGCAGAAGUUAAAAAAGGUGUCAGAAGCCCAAGGCAGGCUGGGAACUACCAGGAGACCUGAAAGACAAGUGACCAGAAUGGUUGUUUUUAUGAUCAUUGCCUUUCUAAUCUGCUGGAUGCCAUACGCUACCUUUUCUAUCCUAGUCACUGCACAUCCCUCCAUUGAGCUGGAUCCCCGUCUGGCAGCAGUUCCAGCCUUCUUUUCCAAAACAGCUACCGUGUAUAAUCCAAUUAUUUAUGUCUUUAUGAACAAACAGUUCAGACAGUGUCUGAUUCAGUUGUUCAGUUGCAGUGCCAUAGGAGCUGCAGAGUGCAGCGUGAACCUGGCUGCAGAGAGAGCAGGGCUAACCCCGGACAAGGAGAUGGCCCCCAUGGCAGCUCAUAGCUCCAUUUCUGAGAGGAAAACUGGAGAUGAACACACGAGCUGCAACCUUUGGCUUUGUUGACAGCUUCAGAAAACAAGAAGAGUGGGAGAUGAGGUCAUUAAUGCAAUGCCACAGUGUAUUUAAUUGUUACAAUCACCUAAUAUAAAGAGAUGUUGUCACGGGGGACGUUGUGUGCUGAGGACACAAGCUUUUCAAGUCCCAGGCUCCUCAGUGUGUGUAAGAGCUGCUUGGCCUGUGGGUGCAAACAUCCAGCCCCAAGGUGAGUCCCUUCCUCCACUGCAUUUCUCCUGCCAAUCCACACCAGCUUGCAGCAGGUAGUGGCCCCACACCUCUGUCUCCCUGCACUCCCCAAGUGCCUGUUUCUGCUUC